AUGGGUGGAACCCAGAGUUCAACUAAAGGACGAGGUUAUCAUGUGUUGAGGGUUCAAGAGAACUCCCCCGCUCACAAAGCAGGAAUGGAGCAACUUUUCGAUUAUAUAGUUGGAAUUAAUGGAAUACCACUGGAUACGGAAGCUCCCAUAUUCCAGGAACAACUACUUUUAAAUGUCGAUAAGGAAGUAAUACUGUUGGUCUACUCCACCAAAGAACAGAUGUAUAGAGAGGUUUCUUUAAUUCCAAAUAAAAACUGGACAAAAGAUCCUGAAAAUGGCCUUAUUGGGUGUAGCAUUCGAUAUUGUUCAUACGCGAGUUUAAAUGAACACGUUUGGCAUAUAUUAGACAUAGCACCAGACAGCCCUGCGGAGAUGGCAGGACUACGUCCUUCGACAGAUUACAUUAUCGGGACACCACAUGAAACGCUACUUAGCGAAAAUGAUCUAUACGAUUUGAUAGACGAUUACAUGGGAAAGCCUCUUCGUCUUUACGUAUAUAAUUCGGAUUUUGAUGUGUGCCGUGAGGUUAUUAUUGUCCCUAACCAGGAAUGGGGCGGCGAAGGAUCUCUGGGAUGCGGAGUUGGUUACGGAAUUCCCAAGACUCAUAAAUAUCAAUCUCUUAGAAAAAGUUUUGAAUUAACGUGGAAUCCUACAACAUUUCCCUUUCUUAAUUCUUCUGACUUAACAUCUUCACCGUCAAAUGCUGAGGAUCCAGACGCAACACCUUCCACAUUUAUUCCUUUCGAUUCUAACAUCGCAACAUCAGCCUCUAUCAUACAACCCUAUCACUCUAACCAACCAUUUGAUGGAAACGGUAAACAAGAAACGGUUGAAGUUGGUGGUCAACUUGAAAAGUCUUCACAGGAUGAAACGAAUCCAAAGCACGUUGACGAAAAAUCAGAAAAUAUUAUUUUAGAACCUAAUAAACAAUGA